AGGGGGGGUUGGGGGAGUUAUGGAACCCUAAAAAGUUUUUGUGUAACAUGAGAGAUCAUAUUGUUUGUUGAUGUAGAUUUCGUAUUACAUUUAAUGACAAUGUAACUUUACUAAAUUACAUAGCUAUUUGCACAGCUAACGCUAGCUACUGGACCAUGUCAAGAAAGACAACAUUAGUUUAGACAACGUUGCGCACAGUAUCCAUCUCUCAUAUCAUGUAACGUUGCGUUAGCUAGCUAGCUAAUGUAAUUAACACGAUCUAAUGUCGGCUAACAAUUAGAAAAAACGCUAGCUAACGCUACCGACCGGUACCGACCUCACAAACUGUCUCUCGAAAGCAAUGCUACCUUGUUGCAGCGUUGCAAUGUAGCUAACUAAAGGCCAGUUCAGAUCAAUGAUUCGCAACGAGACUGGGUGCAACUUGCAAAAUUCCAAGACAUCUGAUUGUAGACAUUCUAAAACUGCACUUGGCGAUUUGACAAGGACGGUCUUUUAAAACCUCAGGGCAGGCAACGGCUCUGCUACUAGCCAGUUCACACUGCUGCAAUUUUCUCUGCAACAUUCUAAAACCGUUUCGCCUCGUUGCAAAUCAUUGAUCUGAACUGGCCUUAACGUUACCGUUAUUUACAUUGCCAUCGAGUUGAUCAAUAUAUUAUAAUGAUCGGAAUAAAGCCGGGGUAUGUGGAGCAGAGCCGGGUCUGAUUUCUGAAGACCUCAUGCAGGAGAAAACUAAAUAAAAUAAUACGGCAGUAUGGAUUAGCAUUGUUAUUUUAUUACGCUUCCUCAUAUGUUCCUUCAGCCUUUAUGCCCUUUUUGAUGAAAUCUCCUUUGUUUUUGUUUUAUUCUUCUUGUUCUGAUUGCUAAUUUAACACCCAGCUCAGCUUUAUUCUCGAACAGUUUAGCUAGCAAAACCAGAAACACCAGGGGUAACAUUUUGCAAGGCAGUUGUUUCAAAAAUAUCACACAACAAUCAUUCACGAAAAAGACUGCUGAUUGUGCACGAGAUACAUAAUUGCACGAGCCACAGCGAAUCCCGCAAAUUCUUCUCUGCAGUGUAAAGAUGUUCAUACCAGGCAAAAGGUGGAUAAAGAACGUUUGCAGAAAUUGAUCAUCACUAAUUCUACCCCAGGUUUGCUACAGCAUUUUAACCUGGCUCGGCAGUGUAAAGACAUCUUGAGUUAGCCUAAUGUUAGACAACGAAUGAGUAUGUACAUAAUGUUACUUUUAUAACAACCGUUUUUUAUUCAGUAAAUAGUACGUGUUAUAGUUGGCGUGCCAACUGACUGACGUCACACAGGCGACACUGGUUGGAUCCGGUUGGAUCUAUGGGAAGUGAGGUCCAAAAAUACACCUGCAAUUACCGCUUCUCACCAUUGGCACCGCCAUAGAGAACGAAACUGAAAUCUUUGAGAUUGUCACUUUAAUAUUGUGCCAACUAGGGCUGUCAAAAAAUAUUCGAAGUUCGAAAACUAUUCGAAAAUCUUUUUUUUUUUAAAGUUUGAACCUAAAUGUGAGCAUUAGAAUAUUAGUUUUGGUUUUGUAAUUAACAUGAAUAUGCAGGCUUUAAUUUCAUGCGGCGAAUCAUGUUCAUGCACGCAAAGUUCAUUUCCUGUGCUAACGUUACUUCCUCUGUCAACAAAAAGCGUUCCGCCCUCGACCCAGAGCAAGUGGAUCGUUUGGUUUUUCUUGCCAAUAACCUCCGGUGAUACUUUCAGCUCCAUGGACACCUAACGUUACUGGUCAGCUAGCCUUGCGAGCCAGUCUCUUUUUCACUUCGUUCAACAGAUCUGGUCAGCUAACAAUCUGCUAAAUAAUGUUCCAAUGGCAGGCAUGUUUCCUUUCUGUUCUGAAGAUUUUGAUAAAAUUGGAUGGUGAAAGAAGUUGAACAAACUAAUCAGAGCAGUCUCUCCCUGUGGCUAGUGAUUUGGUUGGUUUUGUUCAAGCCCAGUCCGGUUCAGAGCUGCCCACGCCUCUGUGUAUGCUACCCCUCCCCCAUGACCGUCAGCUGCCAGUCGCAGAACUUCACAGUGGUGCCCCCCGGCAUUCCCUUCGACUCACAGCGUGUAUUUCUGCAGAAUAACCACAUAACUGAGCUCCGUGUGGACUCCUUUGGCUUCGAAACACAGGUGCUUUGGCUCUACUCCAAUAACAUCACCUGGAUUGAGGCAGGUGCAUUCAGUGAGCUGAGAGAGUUGGAAGAGCUGGACCUAGGGGAUAACCCACACCUGCACCGGCUGGAGGGUGAGGCCUUCCGUGGCCUGGAAAAGCUGCAGAGUCUGCACAUGCAUCGCUGCCAGCUGGCUGCACUGCCCCAUGACAUCUUCCGCAAGCUCUACAGCCUGCAGUUCCUCUAUCUGCAGGAGAACCAGCUGCACUUCCUGCAGGACGACCUCUUCUCUGACCUGGUCAACCUCAACCAACUCUUUCUGCAUGGCAACCGCAUCCGCACCCUCUCUGAGAACGUGUUCAGGGGCCUUGUCAACCUAGACCGCCUGCUUCUCCACGAUAAUCGCGUCCGACAGGUCCAUCGCAAGGCCUUCCGUGACCUGGGGCGGCUCACCAUCCUCUACCUCUUUAACAACUCUCUGGAGGAGCUGCCGGGUCAGGCGCUGCGGGAUGCAUCCUCUGUGCAGUUCCUGCGGCUCAACGGGAACCCCUGGUCUUGUGGCUGUGAGGCCCGCCCGCUUUGGGAGUUCUUCCGCAAGUCUCGCGUGUCCAGCUCUGAGCUACUCUGCUCCUCACCAUCCCUGCGCCAUGGCCAGGACCUGCGCUUCCUGCGUGAAAUGGACUUUGCCCUCUGCCCACUCCCUGACCCUGGCUCUCUGGCCGGGACCACCACCACCACCUUUAGCACCAAGACCCGCUGGUGGUUUUCCAAGGCCAAGCCCGUCUCUAGCUCCAAGAGCAUGUUCUCUAAGACCUUCGAGACCAUCAAGGCCUUCCCCUUCUCUGCUGCCAUCAAGCCCCACAACCCCCCCACCUCCUCCUUCUCCUCCAAGUAUGAGCUGGGAGAAGAGGAGGCUGCGCUCCCCAAACUGGACCCCGAGGAGUAUUGGACCAACUAUGGGAGUGAGGAUGCCGCCUCAGUGCGCUGCUUUGAGCUGGACUGUCCUCCUGAGUCCCAACCCCUCCCCCCCUCAUCCUCCCCCCCUUCCUCACACUGCUCCUCCUCUCUCCUUUUCCUCCUCUCCUUGGCUAUCAUGGCCCUCUCCUUUCACCUCCUCUUUGGCUGAAUCUAAACCCUUCUGUCUCUAAAUGCUGUGUCCUAAAAGCCUGCCUUUACCCUUUUUUAUUCUCUACUUCCUCUUCAAACCUGUUUCUCGAUUCCUUCCGGGUUGACCCACCUCCUUUGACCUUUGGGGUCUGGGGGAGGGGCUUGGGGCUGUCACAGUGACAGGGCAUUAGGAGGAAGGGCAGCUUAAAAAGUGCUUACAGCUGCUGAGGUACAGAAAUGGAAAUGGCUAAUAUUGCUGUUGCUGCUGCUAGUGCUAGCUGCCAUUGCAGUUAUACACACUGCUAGUAUCUUCUAGUAUUUCUGUAUGUCUACUACUACCACUCCUGCUGGUACUUCCGUUUAGACCACCAAUAUGUUUGGAGAUAUCACCACCAUGGAGCCAGCAGUGCCAGGUUGGAGUUUUUUGUAUUUAUACCACCGUGGUCCUUAUUUUAUUAUAUUAGCUGCCAAAUUGUGAGAUGCCUCACCAACUUCUCCAAACAAUCACCACUGCUUCUGUGAGUCUUCAUCCAGUGCAUUCAGUCACACACUGCAGACGCAGGCCUGGGCCCCCGUGAGUCCACUUCUGCUUCCUUCUGUUUCUAAUGUGGGAAGGAGUGCAGGUCCUUUUUUUGAGUCAUCUCAAAAAAGCCACAGAAAAUGUACUUGAAAAUUAAGGCAAUGGUUCCCCAAUAGAUUGUACAGAGCAGUAUGUUGGACAGUUGAAUAGUGGAGCUGAAACAUUCCAGAUACAGAGGAAGUAAGUUUUCAAAAUUGCAGAAUUCAAAAGAAGAGUUUUUUUUGGUAUGGAAAUUAUGCAGCCAGUAAUUGGAAAAUAUUCAUGGUGUGAGGGAAAUGACAGUAAACAGUCAAAUGAAGACAGUAGUACACCUACACUGCAUUUAUAGAGUGUGGUAGAGAGGAGGAAAGAUAAUUGGAAAGAUGGAAAGAGAAGGAGAGAGGAAUGGGAGCGAAAAAGGGCAGUCAGACCACACCAUGUACCACUCUCUCAUAACAGUGCUCUGGUUAACCUCCCCAUACCCACCUUCCCCCUUCCCCCAGUGGUGUCCCAGUGUACAAGCUGGGUUACUAACAGGACUGAGGAAACAAGAAACAUGCCAAUCUAAGUUUUCUCUGUGACUGUGGGAGGGAUGAUGCCGGCCAUCAGGCCCCUCCCCCUGACCACUUACCUCCCAGAGUCCCCCCCACUGGCAUUGGUCACAGACCAGAGAGGGAAGCUGCACUGUUCUAAUUCCAGGGGGGAGGGAGGGAGAGGGAACAGCUGAUGUUUCCUGUAGAGGAAUAGGUUUGAGAAGUAUGGGGUGAGCACAGAUGCUGAUCUGUAAAGGGAGAGUGAGAAGGAUACUUAGAGGUCUUAGCACACUUCACUGUAAUGCAGAUAGCCUGGUUACCUUAAUUUCCUCUCAUGCAGUACGCCAGAGCUUGGAAUUUGAAUCCCCUGGUAAUUUAUAGAGUUUGUGUUAUGAGAUUGUUUUAUUCAUGGCAUUCUAUCCUGAUCCAGGAGAAAAAUAUGCUGUUUUUGGGAGGGUAAUAAUUUCUGUUUGUUUGCUACCCUCUGGUAAAGUGUGUGCGUGUAUGUGAGAGAGAAAGAGAGAGGGGGAAAGAGGGAGAGUAGAUGUGUGUAUGUUUGUGUUUUGUGUGAAACUGAGAGUUUGUGCAUUUACGUGUGUGUGCAUGCAUGCCUAUGUGUGUGUGUGUGUGUGUGUGUGUGUGUGUAUGUGUUUAAAUAUCACUGUACUAUGACAUGGUGGAUAGACUGUGAAUUUUAAAACAAAAAAUUACUAUAAUUGUGGUGGUGUUUAUACCUAAAUGAUUAACAUGUGAAUAAACAGUAUUUCUGUUCUA